AAAUAAAACAAAACAAAACCUAACCUUCAAUGUGAGAAUAUGAAAUUCCCACAACGAACUUCAAUGUACAUGAUCAAGAAUCUUGAUCCAUCUCGUUCUCUUGAACCUUUGAUUUGUUGUCUCUAUCACAUACAAUCCCAUCAAAUUUGGCUUUUCAAGUAUCCCAAUCUCUUUUAGAUGCAAUUAUCUCAAACAUUGUAAGGCUUCUUCUACCUUUAAUGGUUGACAAUCACCAAUGAUGAAGCUGCCAUUAACUCCUCCGAUCCUUCAAUGCCAAAACUAUAUAUAAGAGGAGAGAUAUAAAUUAUAUUUUGAUAUGUAUAAGUAGCGUUUGCAUAUGGCUGGUUACAAUUUGUAGCACCACUUCUUCAUUUGGGUUUCGAAUAUUAUUGGAGGAUAGAGAAUGUCUACAGAUUCUGAAAACUCUGAUAUAGAUGUAACAGGUCCAAAGGAGAGACUAAUGAAUCUGAUGAAUCGAUCUGAAAACAAGUUUUGUGCUGAUUGUGGAACUCCAGAUCCGAAAUGGGCAUCUACAAGUCUUGGAGUAUUUAUUUGCAUCAAGUGUUCUGGCGUUCAUCGAAGCUUAGGAGUCCACAUAACAAAGGUUCUAUCGUUGAAGCUCGAUGAUUGGACAGAUGAAGAAGUUGAUACAUUGCUCAAUUUUGGUGGAAACACAACACUAAACAAGAAGUAUGAAGCUUGCCUCCCACCUAACAUUAAAAAACCGGACCCAAAUUCAUCAAUUGAGGAACGCUCUGAUUUUAUAAGGCGAAAGUAUGAGUUGUUGCAAUUUACGGGUGGUGACAACAAAUCACAACCUUGUCAAGCAAGUAAUUCAUCACCGGUUCAAAGUGAUUCUCCUUCAUUCAGUGAUUCUCCGAUGGACAAGAAGCAACACGAAAAACAUAAACAUCGAAUUGGGAAUGCAUUGCGACAUAAUUGGGGAAAGAAAGAUCACGAGAAUAAAACUCCAAAGAAAACCAACUCAUCAUUGGCAGGUAUGGUUGAAUUUGUUGGAUUAAUUAAGGUUAAUGUGGUAAAAGGCACUAACUUGGUUGUUCGAGAUGUAGUGUCUAGUGACCCUUAUGUUGUCCUUUCUUUGGGUGACCAAUCAGUAAAAACACGUGUCAUAAAGAAGAGUUUGAAUCCAGUGUGGAAUGAAAGCCUAAUGUUGUCAAUUCCAGAAAAUAUUCCUCCCCUUAAAGUGUGUGUAUAUGAUAAGGACAAAUUUUCAAACGAUGAUUUUAUGGGUGAGGCUGAAAUAGACAUUGAACCUCUAGUGAUAGCUACAAAAGAAUAUGAGGAGUCUAAAAGCUAUGAGCAUAUGCAACAACAUGGGGGAUGUGGUUCAACCACAGAAAACACUUCCAUUUGUGAAGAUGAUGCUAAUGCCAAUCACAAAGGAGAGAUGAAACAACAUUUCUCAAUUAGGUUACAAAAUGUUGAGAGUGGUGUGUUAGAGAUUGAGAUUGAAUGUGUUCCUCUUACUCAAUAAUGUCUAAAAGAAAGUUGAGAAAUAGAAUCAAUUAACUUGAAUACAAAUUUUAGACAAAUGUAUCGUACAUAAAUAUAAUUGUAGAUUCUCUCUCUCUCUAUAAUAAGGAAGAACUACUUUAGAUUCUCUCUCUCUAUAAUAGAA